GAUUCUUCUGCUUUCCAGAGUGAAAAUGGUGGAUUAUAAAGUGACCAUAUUCACUGGAGAUCACCUCUAUGCCACCACUUCUGACAGUGUCUACAUUAAGCUGGUGGGCACAGAUGGGGAGAGCGAUCACACAUGGGCCAAAGCAUCUUUAUCCUCCCUAACAGGAACAGAGUAUGGUUUUACCCUGUCCUGCCCUGAAUCCAUUGGAAAGCUGGUCCUGAUAAAGCUGAACAAACAGUCUUACUUAUUUGAGGAUGACUGGUUCCCUGCCAAGGUGGAAGUAAAAUCCCCUGAGGGAGACAUCUACACCUUUCCCAUCUACCGCUGGAUCACUGACAGCGAGGUGCAUCACUUCAGAGAGGGAACAGCUCUGAAAGUCUUUGAAGACAAGAAUCCUCUCGGCAGGGACAGUCGGGAAAAAGAGCUGAAGCAGCGAGCAGAAGAUUAUUGCUGGAAAGUGUAUGCAGAGGGAAUACCUCACUGCAUGGACGUAGAAGAAGAAUCUUCUCUGCCUCCAGAGGUCCUCUUCUCCUACACCAAGUCUACUGAGUUUAAGUUCACUGCAGCUGCAGGGCUGGCUGAGCUGAAACUGAAGAGGCUGGCUGAUUGCAAGAAAAAGUGGACGGACAUUGAGGGUAUCAAAAGGGUGUUCUGUUGCAAAGAGACUGCCAUCAAAGAAUAUGUACAGGAACAUUGGAAGGAGGACGCAUUUUUUGGCUACCAGUUUCUAAACGGAAUCAACCCCAUGUUGAUCAGACGUUGCACCACCCUGCCCAAUAACUUUCCUGUUACUGAUGGCAUGGUCUUCCUCCGUGGUCAGUCUAGUUUGAAAGAAGAAAUGAAGAAAGGCAACAUAUUCCUGGUUGACUACAAACUUUUGGAUGGAGUGAAAGCAAACAUCAUCAAUGGGAAGAAGCAGUACUUGAUGGCUCCGCUGGUGCUUUUGCACAAAACACCUGAAGAUGAGCUGAUGCCAGUUGCUAUUCAGCUGAAGCAGACUCCAGCAGACGACAACCCCAUCUUCUUUCCUACUGAUUCUGAGUAUGACUGGUUGAUGGCCAAGAUCUUUGUGAGAAGUGCAGAUUUCAACAUGCAUCAACUCAAUGCUCACCUGCUGCGCACUCACCUGCUGCCUGAAGUGUUCACAGUGUCACUGCUGCGCAACUUACCCAUGGUGCAUCCUCUGUACAAGCUCCUCAUACCUCACACUCGCUACACUCUGCACAUCAACCACAUGGCUCGAAAUCGUCUGAUAUCUGAGAGCGGAGUUUUCACACAGAUUGCAGCGUCUGGUGGAGAGGGUAUGAUCGAAAUCCUGAGGAGAUUCACGUCCUCCAUGACCUACAGCUCCCUCUGUAUACCAGAUGACAUUGAGGAGCGUGGACUGAAGUCUGUGCCGAACUUCUACUACAGGGAUGAUGGACUCAGGCUGUGGAAAUCCAUCCACAGGUUUGUGCAGGGAGUGCUCGGCUACUACUACCAGAAUGAUGCUGAGGUCAAGCAAGACUCCGAACUGCAGAAGUGGAUUUCGGACAUUUUUGUUCAUGGAUUCCUCUCCAAGGAAAGCACAGGAAUUCCUCAGAGCUUCACCUCUGUGGCUGAGAUGGUAAAGUUCGUCACCAUGGUGAUCUUCACCUGCUCAGCACAGCACGCAGCUGUCAACUCUGGACAGUAUGACUAUGCUGGCUGGAUGCCCAACGCCCCCAGCUCACUGCAACUUCCUCCACCAACCAAAAAGGGGACAACAAGUGAGGCCACGAUGCUGGAGACAUUCCCUGAUGUCAACACAACAGCUAAUGGAAUGGCCACCACGUGGCUACUCAGCCAGCAGUCCUCUGACUUUGUCCGUCUUGGCGACUAUCCAGAGGAGCAUUUCACUGAGGAGACUCCCCGCAAGCUGAUAAACAAGCUUAAUGGAAGGCUUAAAGUGCUAAAAACACGCAUCAAAGUCAGAGAGAUUCUGAAAGUCCCAUACACAUACUUGAAACCAGAUAUGGUUGAAAAUAGUGUGGCCAUCUGAGUAUCAGAUGAUGUGAGCUCCUCAGCAGUGGGCAAAAGUCAGGUUCACAUUAACAAAAAUGAGAAAGGAUCUGCAUGUUAGCAUGUGUACGCUUAUCUUUUUAUCUUUUCAUACAGCCUACUUGAUUUAACUGUGGUGAAAAUGUACUCUUUUAUAUCCUAAAUCCAUACUAGAAAAUGUAUGUUGUUAGUGAACAUACAGGGCAUCUAAUCAAACUAUAUUACUGGGGGAAUGAUGUUAUUUUACACACUUAUUGUAACGCUGUAGAAGUAAACUGUGCCUCAUGACUUAUCGUCAUGAUGAAGUUUAAAUAAUUUUAGGGACCUACGCUUUGCUAAAUUUACUUUAUGUUGUUUUAUGUAUCUGUGUGUUAAAAAUCUGUAUCUGUGUGUUACUGAAAGGAAGAUAAAAACUCUGAGUGCACCGUGUCUGUUUCAACUCAUGUGAGUUGGCACACAGAACAUAGUUUGUUUUAUAUAGUAGAAUGGAGGUUCUUGUCACCAGAGAACAAGAUCUUGUCUCCAUGGUCCUGUGCUCCAACACCUGUCUGCAAAAGUCAGGUUCACAUUAACAAAAAUGAGAAAGGAUCUGCAUUCUUCUGUUUUUAACUGAUAACUAUACUUCUGCACAUGUACGCUGAUGUUUUUCUCUUUUCAUUCAGCCUACUUGAUUUAACUGCAGUGAAAAUGUACUCUUUUAUAUCCUAAAUCCAUAUUAGAAAACGUAUGUUGUUAGUGAACAUACAGGGCAUCUAAUCAAACUAUAUUACUGGGGGAAUGAUGUUAUUUUACACACUUAUUGUAACGCUGUAGAAGUUAACUGUGCCUCUUGACUUAUCGUCAUGAUGAAGUUUAAAUCAUUUUAGGGGCCUAUGCCUUGCUAAAUUUACUUUAUGUUAUUUCAUGUAUCUGUGUGUCAAAAAAGGCCAAUACUGAAAGAAGACAAAAACUCUGAUCUUGUCUCUAUCGUUCUGUGCUCCAACACCUGUAUGGCCUUGGUCACUAAGAUGUUUUCCUCUCACUCUAUUCUGCAUUUAAUAAAGAAUGAUAUA